CAUUGAUCGCGCGGCGACGGCGCUCUCUACCGGCGACCUCAAACAUUACGCAAUCGUUGCUUGUUUCCUAGUGAUAAUGUGGUGCUUACACACAGUGCGUGCACAUAUUGACACUAUGUAAUGACAUCGUCACAGAACGGAACAGUAAGGAGUUUUAUCCGUGGACAACCACAGAUUGAACAGUCAUGUGUGAGUGAUAUAACUCGUGUGUUAACCAAGUGAUAAUAUGGUGACUGUGUACUCUAUGAUUUUAACCAAUGCCAGUAUGAUGUAAAAUGACCUAAGGCGAAUCGCUUCUGGGAACGUUGAAAUGAAAAGAGAAAAAUACAAGAGAAUUUCGUCAGAUACUGGGCUGGGUGAGCGAUGAAGGGGUGGUUUGAUGCUUUCCGCGAGGAAGGCGGGCCGACCCUAUAUGCCUAUCACAACCGCACCGCAGUCGCUGCUGACGUUCCAGCAUUGGCCUUGAUCCUUGCGGCUAUAACCCUGUACCUGGCGUUUCUUGCCAUUUUCCCAGGCAUCAGGAAGGAGAGAUUUUCAACAUUCACAAUAGUCACGUUGAGUCUGUUCGUGGGUACAGUAAUCCUAGUAUGCAAGCACGGUUCGUCCUGGCACGUUGCGGGAGCGCGAAUCGCCCGCGCAGCCUACCGAGCCUUUUCUCCAGAGCGCCUCGACUGCUGGCUAGCGAUACACGUCGGUCUAGGACACGUAAAUGUUACGCUAACAGCACUAUCAUGGGGCAAUAUAACGCUCGGUGACCCAGGCGUCGAUUAUAAUGAGCAAUUUCGAUGGGAAGAAGCCGGUGCCAUACAAGAAUGGUAUCGAGCUGGGCUGCUGCGUGGCCUGCCAUACCCUCUCCUCUCUGUAGCAGAACACUUCGCUGUGGAACACGAGGGAUUCGAGUGGGGAGCAAAAUAUCGAGCAGCUGGAUACACCACUACUACUCUUCUCUGGACGGCUUUCGCUCUAUGGUUGAUUAUGAACCUACUGCUAGUGGUCGUGCCAAGAUACGGAGCCUAUGCGAUGACGGUCCUCGGGGUGACUUUAUGUGCCGCUGCCGGUGGAUACUGGGCAUCUUUACCUCACGACCCUCUCGUAGUCAGAUUAGAUGGAGCUAUGCUGUUCUUUUCUAUGGGAUGGUGCUUUUGGCUGGUCCUUAUAGCAGGGUGCAUUUGUCUAGUUGUAGGAUUACUAAUAGCCGCACUUGACCUAGUGUGGCCUCACAGGUUCUCGACAGUAUUGGAGGUAGAUUACGAUACCCCAUAUGACCGGCAUGUGCUUAUUGUGGACAGCCGGCAAAGAGCACGACCUCAAGCGCAAGCUUCUCUGCCUACUAGGAUAUUAAGAAGAUUAUCAUCCAAAACCCGCGAUCCCGAACGGCAAGUAUCUAUGUCUAUCGUAAACGAGAACCGAGACCGAGGCCGCGACAAUCCCGCUUAUCAGCACGAACAACGGAAACCUAAUUCACCAUGGCGCUAUCCGUUGUUUAGGAGACAAAUUGAUCGUGCGGAUUCUGCUUCGAGUAUAGGAUCAAGUUUAAAUGGGAACAGCUCAGGAAUAAAGAUGUCACCACUAGCCACCCAAUCAAUACCCGCACAUAGGUACAUACCGACUAUUUCGUCCACAAGUACCAGCGGCAGAUCGAGUUAAGGACAUGUGGUAAUAGAAGAACAGCUUCUCCAAUUUAAUAUUCUAUGUACUUAGUAAUUAAAAUACUGAAAAGGAAGUGCCAACUUCAUAAAGCUAGAAAAUAUAUAAAAGUAUCAAUGUCAAAUCAUAACCCUGAAACGAUUGCAUCUCAAUAUUUAUAUUAGGAUUGUAAAUAUGUAAAUUAUUAAUUAGAAUUUAAGUAUUAAAGCGAUAAAGAUUCCAUCCAGUGUCAUAAAUUAGAACUCUUUUUAUAUACUAAUAAUUUCGACUUCCGUCGAAAAUUAAAUUGCAUGUUCUUCAAAGAUAUAAUGAGUUAAAACGGCCCUUAGGCUUUAAGUUAAAAUGUCUUAUAUAAUCUAGACCUUAAAAUAUACGACGACACAAAUAUAUACUUUGUGCCAUCCUUCUAAAAUAAAUCGUUCAAUAUUCUUUGCUCAAAUGUUUUUUUACUUAUAACCAAUAAAACUUCGAAUAACGAGUCAAAAAAAUUUAAGACAUUCUAUUUUAUUUUC